AUGGUUGGAAACGUCGUAAACGCCUCCGGACUACUCCAGGUCAUCCGGAAGGUGAAGCCGCCAGCAGAGGAAGUCGAACCGGCCGUAAUCUACGGGACCCGUUCCGGUAAGUUGGGGAAUGAAAAUGAGGGGAAGAAGAAAAACGAACUGGAGAGGAACCUGGACUCGUCAAGCUUUGAGAUUACAGAGCCCGACGCCGACGAUGAACUCACCGGCGACAGGGAGGCUUACAUGGCCAGCGUGCUGGCCAAGUACGGACAUAACCUCGAAGAAAGGACCAAGAACCAACUAGGUAAGGGAACGGUCGUUGAUCUUGCACUGAGACGAGAUCGAAUCGCUAGUCUCACGUGAAUAUUUCCUCAUCCACUGUAUUGUAGGGUUUCCUUGUAAUCUAGACUUCGAGUACGGCGCUCUCUUGCAAUUCCAAUCCUUCGCCAUGAACAACCUGGGGGAUCCCUUCAUCGACAGCGGCUAUGGCAUCAACUCAAGGCAGUUCGAGGUGGGGGUUCUGGACUGGUUCGCCCGCCUGUGGGAGCUGGAGAAGAACGAGUACUGGGGCUACGUCACCAACGGUGGCACGGAAGGCAAUCUGCAUGGCAUCCUAAUCGGGUUCGUCGCUGAUCCUAUAAGACAUCUCUUUUUCUCGAUCCCUCUGUCUCUUUCACUGUCUCUCUCACCGUCUCCGUCCUCUCGUGCGACGCUUCUGCUUGACCGGCGCAGGCGCGAGAUCUUCCCGGAUGGAGUUCUGUAUACUUCCAAGGAGUCCCACUACUCGCUGUUCAAGGCCGCGAGGUUGUAUAGAACGGAUUGCGUGAAGGUGGAGACACUGGUAUCCGGCGAGAUCGACUGCUCCGACUUCCAGGCCAAACUUCUUCCCAACAAGGAGAGACCCGCCAUCGUUAACGUCAACAUCGGUCCGCUCCGCUCCGAAUACCUCACAGACCUUUCUCCUCCUCUCCCUUCCUUUAGUUCUUCACAAAGGGUUCUCGCUUCAGCUCUGAUAACAAUGUCGCGGCUCAGGGACGACGGUCAAGGGGGCGAUCGACGAUCUGGAUCUCGUCAUCAAGAUCCUUGAGGAGUCGGGCUUCGAGGAUCGCUUCUACAUCCACUGCGACAGAGCUCUCUUCGGCCUCAUGCUGCCCUUCCUCAAGCACGAGAGUCCCAUACCACGCCGUUGUGGAGGACCUCCCCGAGCUCGAACUACACCGAAUGACUGAGAUUUCGGUUUCCGCAGGCGCCGAAGGUGACGUUCAGGAAGCCGAUCGGCAGCAUGAGCAUCUCCGGGCACAAGUUCGUGGGUUGCCCAGUUCCCUGCGGGGUGCAGAUAACGCGGAAGAGCCACAUCAACGCCCUCUCGCGGGACGUCAAGUACCUCGCUUCCAGGGACACUACCAUCUUGGGCAGCCGCAACGGCCACGCCCCGCUCUUCCUCUGGUACGCGCUGAACCGCAGGGAUACCGUGGGUUCGAGAAGGAGGUCCAGAGGUGCCUGCUCAACGCUCACUUCUUGAGGGGCCGCCUCCGGGCGGCAGGCAUCGGGGCGAUGCUCAACGAGCUUAGCUGCACCGUUGUGUUCGAGCGUCCGCAGGACGAGGACUUUGUCCGCAAGUGGCAGCUCCUGUGCGAUGGGAGCAUCUCCCACUGGUCGUGAUGCCCAAUGUUACCGUGGAGAAGCUCUGCGUCUUCGUCGACGAGCUGGUGCAGCGCCGCUGUGUUUGGUCCCGCCGCGGCGAGAUCCCUUCCCCGUGCAUCGCAGCGGACGUCGGUCGCGAGAACUGCGCCUGUCUGCUUCACCGCCACGCCCAGUGA